AUGAGUUGUGAAGAUGAACAUCAUAAUCAUGGUAAUGGACACGGACAUGGACAUAGUCAUGUAGCUCCAUUGCCAACCAAUGAAUCACAGAAUCUUGUGGAUAAAAUAGAUUCACCCCACGUCAAAGCACUUAAUCUUGCUAACCCUGGAGAUGAGAUCAGUAAGCUAUUUAGGAAAGCUGAUGAGAAGUAUCAAUUGAAACCAAUCAUCAAAUCAGAUGCUGAUUCACAAUUGAUUAUUAAUAUUCCAUUCUUGAAUGGUUCUGUAAAAUUGUAUUCUAUCAUCAUUAGAAGUAAUGGUGAUAAAUAUUGUCCAAGGACUAUCAAACUAUGGAAAAAUGAUAAAACUAUUGAUUUCGAUAAUGUUAAUGAAAGAAAGCCUACUUAUAAAAUAGAGCACCCACAAGUUGGUGUUAUGUAUAAUGACGAAGAUGAUGAAGUUCCAGAUGAAAUAAAGAAUGAUGGUGAAUUCAUUGAACAUUUUUUACCCAGACAUCAAUUCACAGGAGUUCAACAGUUGACAGUAUUCAUAGAGGACAUCUAUAAUAACGAUGACGAAGAUGAAUGUCAUUUACACUACGUUGAACUCAGAGGAGAGUUCACUGAGCUAACAAAAGAUCCAGUAAUCACCUUGUAUGAACUGGCAGCUAACCCUGCUGAUCAUAAAAACCUAACUGUUACUGAAUCGGCUAAUUUUUCUUUCAACUAG